AUGGAUUGUCCUAAGUGGAUACUAGGCGGCCUCUGCCUGAUUAGCUGGGCCAGUGCCUCCACGUUAAUUGAAAUACUCGGCAGGAUAAGGCAGGAGUUGGACUUUGAAUACAUGCUGCUCCUAAAGAACAGAAACAAUACUCUUACAGAUGGAACUUGGAAUGAAAGUACUUUGCCAAAAGAUCUAAUGGAAGAGUUGUCUGUUCCUGUUGUCCAACUGGAUGAACAAGCUACUUAUUUUUUUUUUAAUAACACAAACAAUCGUGUAAUAUCCCUUGUUCUUCUGGACAAUAGCAAUAUGGAUGAUCAUAGAGAUUUGUUGAAAGCUUUGGUUUUGAAUCUAAGGCAUAUGACCACAACCAGAGUAAUGUUUUUAAUACAAAUGCCAAGGGCCAGUGAAACGAUGUUGUACGAAUUGUUUUCCAACUGCUGGAAAAUGAGAUUGCUAAACGUAAUGGCUCUUUUUGGAGAUUAUGAGCUUACGAAGACCUUCUACGGCUAUUCCCCUUUCCCAACCCUGCGGAUUGAGGAAAGCCUUUUUGAAAUAUCCGAAAAAUCUGUCACUUUUUAUCCUGAUCGUCUAAGAGACUUACAGGGCUUUCAGUUGCCGGUGAUCAUUGGCGGCACUGCUCCUCGCAUUAUUCCCUACUACGACAAGAAGAGACAGAUUGUUUAUGACGGAACUGUGGGGCACUUCAUGAUGGCCUUCCAGCAAAGGUACAAUUGCAGCUUUGUCCAGCCUCUGAUAUCCAAAAACCCUCUUGAAUUUGCGCCUUCAAUGCAAACAGUGAGAGCAGUUCGCAAUAAUUCCGUGGAGAUGUCAAUGUCUCUGACUUUUCCACCUGUGUUCCCUCCAUUCGGAUUUAGCUAUCCCUACGAGCAACUAAACUGGUGCCUUAUGAUGCCCCUGGAAGCUGAUGUACCACCUUUGGAGUACUACACCAGAGUCUUUGAGCUGGCUGCCUUUUUGUUGACCUUGGGCGUUUUGGUCAUAAUAUCCUGCCUUCUAGCUAGUUCUAUGUGGCUUCACGGUUAUCCGAUUGCCUCCACUGAGUUCGUCCUGCAUGACAGCUGCCUGAGAGGAGUGCUGGGACAGUCAUUUGUGGAGGUGCUAAAGGCUCCUACUCUAGUUCGUGGAAUUUACCUGGAGAUUUGCGUGCUGGGCAUCCUGAUUACGGCCUGGUACAAUUCAUACUUUUCAAGCUAUGUGACUACUGCACCGAAGCAACCCGAAUUCCGCAGUUACGACGACAUUUUGGCAUCUAGGAUGAAAGUGGUGGCUUGGAAGCCAGAAUACGCGGAGCUUUUCGGACGACUCUUAGAGUUUCGCAAAUACGAGCCGAUGUUUUAUGUAGAACCAGACUUUAGUAAGUAUCUCGCUCUUCGGGACUCGUUGGAUACUAGGUACGGCUACAUGAUCCCCAACGGUCGAUGGCUGCUGAUUAAGGAGCAGCAGAAGAUUUUCUCCAGACCUUUGUUUCGCAUGCGCGAUGACUUUUGCUUCUAUAACAACAUACCCUUUGGAUUUCCCAUAAACGAGAACUCUGUUUUCAUGGAGCCUGUUCUCAGGUUGAUAAUGGUACUGGCCGAGUCGGGAUUGUCCUUUCACUGGAUGGAGACUGCAUUUUUGGAGAUGAUCCAAGCAGGGGAGAUGCAUUUCCUGGAUUUAAGUCAGAGAAGAGAGUUUCGAGCUAUGCAGGCCCAAGACCUUCAGUAUAUUUGGUAUGGUUUUGGUUUUAUGGCAGUGUUUUCAAGUAUUGUGUGGAUUUUGGAAAAUAUCUGCUACAGACUUAGAGGCAAGACCCAUUUAUUAAAAUAA